AUGUCCAAGCGUGCCCGAGACGUCGAGCUAGAUUGGCUGGGGCGUAAGCCGCUCGACGGCGGGGACGCCUCCCCUCCCGGCCGCGGCGCACUAGAGCAGCUCCCCAAUGUCCCCAGCUACCGAGCCACCGCUGCCUCCCGCAUCCCCGUCCUUGUCACCAGAAAGGCAAAGGCUGGAGUUGUCAACCCCAAUUUUUGCAAUGAGGAGCAAUCCCCGCUAGGUAAUUACCCCACCGUGGACAUCAAGGAUGUGGACAGUGGAGGCGAUGCUGUGGAGACCAACGGUACCCACUUACCGGUGCCCACCGCCGGCGCUCCCAACAUGCUGGCGGUGCCCGGCACGGCGCCAGCAUCCCCCAGGAGGAAGCUGCUGGCCCCAGCGGACCGUCUGGACGUGGGACUGGUGAGCCAGUCCCCCACCCGAGCACUGCUGGGCUGCGACGAGGAGCAGAGAGAAAGCCUGCCCGAGCGCAUCGGCUCAGCCACGAGCCUGAGCAGCGCCGUCAUCAACAACCGGCUCCAGGAGCUGGUGAAGCUCUUCAAAGAGAGGACCGAGAAGGUGAAGGAGAAGCUAACCGACCCCGAUGUCACCUCGGACGACGAGAGCCCUGCGGCAUGUGAGUUCGAGUGGGCACCGGUCCCUCCCCCGGGGGGGGAGCCAGAGGGGGACAAGCCAGCGGGGGAUGAGCACUACUGCGAGAUGCUGUGCUGCACGUUCAAGUACCGGCCCUGGCUGGUCCGCCUGAAAAACUACCAGUUCCCCAGCAGCAUCGACCCGCUCACCAACCUGAUGUACGUGCUGUGGCUAUUCUUCGUUGUCAUGGCCUGGAACUGGAACUGCUGGUUGAUCCCCGUCCGCUGGGCUUUCCCCUACCAGACGCCGGCAAACAUCCACUACUGGCUGCUCAUGGACUACCUCUGCGACUUCAUCUAUCUGCUGGACAUCCUCGUCUUUCAGACCCGGCUACAGUUUGUCCGGGGAGGAGACAUAAUUACCGAUAAAAAGGCCAUGAAAGAGAACUACCUGCGAUCGCAACGCUUUAAGAUGGAUGUGGUGUGCCUCCUGCCCCUGGAUUUCUUCUACUUCAAAGUCGGUGUCAACCCACUCCUGCGUUUUCCUCGCUGUCUGAAGUACAUGGCCUUCUUCGAGUUCAACAACCGCCUGGAGGCUAUCCUGAGCAAGGCGUACAUCUACAGAGUGAUUCGGACCACUGCCUAUUUACUGUACAGCUUGCACGUGAACUCUUGCCUCUAUUACUGGGCAUCAGCCUACGAAGGACUGGGCUCUACCACCUGGGUCUACGAUGGGGAAGGAAACAGCUACAUCCGCUGCUACUACUGGGCAGUCAAAACCCUCAUCACCAUCGGGGGCCUGCCGGACCCCAAGACACUGUUCGAGAUCGUCUUUCAGCUGCUGAACUACUUCACGGGUGUCUUUGCUUUCUCCGUCAUGAUAGGGCAGAUGAGAGAUGUGGUUGGCGCCGCUACCGCAGGGCAAACUUACUAUCGGAGCUGCAUGGACAGUACCAUUAAAUACAUGAACUUCUACAAAAUCCCCAAAACUGUUCAGAACCGGGUGAAAACGUGGUACGAGUACACGUGGCAUUCGCAAGGCAUGCUAGAUGAGUUAGAGCUGCUGGUGCAGCUGCCGGACAAGAUGAGGCUGGACAUCGCCAUCGACGUGAACUACAACAUCGUGAGCAAAGUGGCCCUUUUCCAGGGCUGCGACAGGCAGAUGAUCUUCGACAUGCUGAAGCGGCUCAGAUCGGUGGUCUACCUGCCUAAUGACUACGUGUGUAAGAAGGGAGAAAUCGGCCGCGAGAUGUACAUUAUUCAGGCGGGGCAAGUGCAGGUGCUGGGGGGACCCGACGGCAAAACCGUGCUGGUGACUCUGAAAGCUGGAUCCGUGUUUGGAGAAAUAAGCUUGCUGGCGGCAGGAGGGGGAAAUCGCCGAACAGCAAACGUCAUCGCUCACGGCUUCGCUAACCUCUUCAUUUUGGAUAAGAAGGACUUGAAUGAGAUUUUGGUGCAUUAUCCAGAGUCUCAGAAGCUGCUGCGUAAAAAGGCCAAGAAAAUGCUGAAAAACAACAAUAAACCCAAAGACGAGAAGGGAGCACCCGGAGACCCGCUGAUUAUCCCCCCGAAAGCUGACACCCCGAAGCUCUUCCAGGCUGCCCUGGCCGCCGCGGGGAGGAUGGGGGGCAAAGGGCCGCUGGCGCAGCUCCGGUGGAGGCUGAAGGAGCUGAAGGCGAUGCAGGCGACGCAGCACCACCAGUUCCUCCUCUUCCUCAAACCCAGCACCAACCAAAGCGACUUGCUGGCGAGCUGGGAAGUGUUGAGAAGCGGUGGGCGAGACGGUGCCGGGUCUGGCCAUGAGACGGCCAUGAGACGGUUCGUGAAGGGUGUCAGCGCCGGCAUCGCCCCCGUACGUGGGUGA